CAAAUUCCCGUCGCCGUUUGGAAAGUCAGCCGGGGGGUUUUAAGAAUUUCUUCAGUCAAUUGAACUAGGGUUUAGCUCGGAGAGUUGAAUUUGGGAGGGGAAAAUGAAGCCGGUGGUGGGGAUGGUGGUGUCGAACAAGAUGCAGAAAUCGGUGGUGGUGGCGGUGGACAGACUCUUCCACCACAAGGUCUACAAUCGCUACGUUAGACGGACUUCUAAAUUCAUGGCUCACGACGAAAACAAUGAAUGUAACAUCGGCGACCGGGUUAAACUGAAUCCUUCUAGGCCAAUAAGCAAGCAUAAGAACUGGAUUGUGGCUGAGAUUUUGAAGAAGGCUAGGAUAUACACACCUCAAUCAUCAACGGCUAGUGCUCCCGGCCAGACGAAUUUAUCGUCAUCUGCUAGCUCAGGGAGCACCACCCCUCCGUCAUCCACUUGAAAAAGGUCUCUGAUUAAUGUUUCUCUUUUCCCUUUUUCUAGUUGUUCAGAGUUAUGAAAAAAUUCCGUGUUUUUUGUGACAUUCGAAUGCGUUCAACUUGAUUUCUAUAGGAAAAGUUGCUGAACGUAUGAUUAUGAUUUGACUUAGAAGAAACUUUGAAGCCAAAUUGAUCAUUUUAACCAUCUCCCUUGUCCUAUUUCCAGUGUUUUGGAUUGCAUCAGAGCCCUCUAUUUCACUGCUUCUCUGGUUCUCCAGAGGAGUAUAAUUAGUGCUGAAUGCCUUUUAAAUUUUAAUCUAUUUCAUGGGUGAACCCUUGUUUCCAUUUCGUGUAAUCCAUGCCUGCCUUUAAAUAAUUGGUACUUCCAAAUAACUUGAUGACUAAAGUUGAUUCAUGUGUUAAUUGUACUUGGACGUGACACCAAUUUUCCAACAACAGGAAGUCCGACUUCAUUUUCUUUAUCUUGCUCAAAACUAUUCGGAUGAGACACAUUUAGGGUACCAAAUUCCAACUAUUAACAACCAGAUUAAGCAUAUGUACACAAAGUCUGAUUCAAAUAUCCUUUUUCAUUUGAAUACAGUUGUUAUUGAUCGAUAGUUACUGGUUACAAACCGAAAUGAAUCUUCUAACAAGACAAGCUCUUUUGUUGCUUCCAUCCUUGUCUAUUUUCUCUUAUAGUGAAUGCAUUAAGCACGUGGCAAUUCAGGGCUUUACCUGUUUGUAUUAUUUGAGCAUUAUCAAUCAAUAUAUGUCCGCUUAAAUAUGUUAUUUUGCAACUAGAACAAGUUUGAUUUCAUUUAAAUGCUUCUUUUUAUGUGUGUACAUUGGAAUUGUAGCCUUUCAGAGUAAUGUAGAGCCUAAAAGUGGUUCACGUUUUGCCAGGUGAAGCUGUGGCAAGUUUUCGCUCCUGCUUGUGCAAAGUUCUGUUGUCUUAACUGCUGUGUGCUGAUUUCUCAUUUCAUAAUCGGGGUUCAGGAAGAGUAUUAUUUAUUGUAUCUUGAGUCUCUUUUCAGUUACUUCAGAAAUAGUUGGCAGUUUCAAAUAGAAUAUCUUGUGUACCAGACGAGUGAAAAAUUUUUACUGUUAAGCUGCCUUCAUCUCUUACUACCAAUACUAUUUGGAAGUUUUAUGAUCCAUCCUUCAUUAUCAUACAACCUGGUGCAUUUAUGGUGUCAUGAUCAUGUAGUCUUCCUAUUGAUGCAUCAACACUGAAACUUUCUCAUUGUACUGAGCAAUGAAAGAAACCCCAAGGCUACGUUCAAAUGUGAUCUUCUAAUAGAAAACAGCAUCUUUGCAACAGUCUCUCACGUCACAGGAUUGUUAAAUUUGUCUGCAAAAGUUUUGAAAUAAGUAUAUGUAGCCCAAGAGGUAAAUGAUUGACAUAAGAGAAACCCAAUCAGACGGUUUUGACUUUUGUUUUAUUUUAUUUUAUUUUUUGGGAAGGAAAUGACCUUACUGGAAGAAUUCAGUAAAUUUUAUUUCGGUUUCAAAUGAAUAAUCAUAUCCAUUACUGACAUCAAAAUGACUCAGUUAGGUUUGUCUCUUGCUGUAAAUAAUUACCCCCUCCAAUGUUUCUUGUAAUAUGUAUUGUUCCCUGCAUUUUGCUGAUAGCAAUACAGUGAAAUUUGAAGUUAAAAUUUUCCAAUGUGCAAUAUCUUCGAGGAUGCUAUUUCAAUGUGCAUUCAGAUUAGUGAUUGUUAACUCAGCUCAUGGAAAAUUUAUGCUGAGGAGCAUGUUCAUGAAGAAUGAACAUCCAUAUAAAAAGAUUACUGUCAGUGUGAUGCUUGUUGGCAAACUAGCAGAUGGACUCUUUUUGUGGAGUGGAGGGAGAAUAAGAUAGUAUUAAGUAGGUUUUCUUCUAGAUUACUACAUCCAGUACACAUUUUAGUUGAUCAGAAACCUCAUUGAGAAGGAGUCUUUUGCAUUGCGAGGAUGACUAUAUAGCACAAUGAAUCCCUCAGUCAUUCCCCUCUUCCCUCUUUCUUCUUAUGUGCUUGUGCAAGUUCAUGCUCCCUCCGCCCUGACAUGCAUGAUUGUCGAUUUUGAAUUUUCACUCAGAGAAGUAUAUGAUUGCAUAUUGCAUAAUAUUAAGAAACAUGAUAUUUUUUUCCACUACAUUUUGAUUUAGCAACCACCGGUAGAAAGUUACAUGCUUUUAUAGCACCUCUAACAGGUUUCCCGUAAACUGAUUCCCCCAUAAAAUGAGUUCAUGUAACUUCGAGCAGUUCUUCAAGCUCCGAGGAAUCGGACCUCUUAGCAUGUUGCUCCCCAAUGAGAUGUUUCGAAGAGAUCCACCAUGGCAUAUCUCAUCGGGUAAAGAACCCGACAAGUAAUUGUCAUCCAUUAUUAAAGAGGUCAGCUUAGGCAGAGUAAAUAGCUCUCUAGGGAUUGAACCAAAUAUGUUGUUUCCCCAAAUUUUUAGAUACUGCAAAUUACUCAAAUUACCCAAUGUAGGAAUCGAACCAGUUAACUGAUUUUGUGAUAACUCUAAAUUGUAAAUGAACUGCAGGUCUCCCAUCUCCUUCGGAAUUAAACCGCUUAAUUUGUUGCCAUACAAGUGCAACAAUUCCAGGCUGGUGAGAUUGCCUAGUGAUGUCGGGAGUGAACCGCUCAACUCAUUGCCAAAUAUGCUUAGACUACGAAGUCUGGUUAGUUUACCAAACUCGGUAGGAAUGUGACCAGAGAGGUCAUUUCUGUAGAAAAACAUUUCUUCUAAUUUACUCAAGUUCCCUAAAGAAGGGGGGAUUGAACCCGUAAAAUUGUUUGUAUCCAUGUAGAGAAUAACAUGGUUGUGAAGAUUUACUAAUUUUGGAGGAAUAUGACCUGAGAGUAGAUUUUCGUAGAGACCUAAGUAUUUCAAGCUUUUCAAAUCAAGGAAGAAGGAACAUAGCCUUCAAGAUGGUUAGUACCCAAAUCAAGAUACAUGAGCUUGGAGGGGUUGUAGUAGCCUAUCUCUGACGGUAUGUUGCCAGAAAGAUGGUUUACGCUAAGAUCAAGAUACUCAAGAUUAGGGAGUGAUGAAAAGGGGAAGACGUUAAGUGUACCGUCUAUAUUCGAGUUUGAUAGAUUUAACCUGUUGAUACUUGCAUUAAUGCAUGAGAUCCCAUACAAGUGAAUGCAAGGGCUGGAAAUUCGGUUGGGAAGAUGCGAAGAAUUGGAAUCAUUUGUCGCAGGGGGCUCGAGAUGCCAUGAAGCCAGUAAGGGGUUAUUCUGAUUCAGUAAACUAGCUUUCCAUUUGAGAAGGGCAUCUGAUUCUUCUUUAGCCCAAGAAGAUGGAGCUCCUUGGAUGCAAAUAGGUAAGAACAAAACAAAAACAACCAAAUCAUGAAACAUGAGUGUGAUGAUGAAAAAUGACCGUUCAAGUCCUCAUGGUGUUCAGCUCAGCUGCUCAGGGAUACACACACACACACACACACAUAUAUAUAUAUAUAUAUAUUAAUUAUGAACAUGUAAUUUUUGACAGUUUGAUGCAUAGAGAGAAGGAGAUGAAUCUCUUUUUUA